GCACUGACACAUCUUUGACAGGGCCAGCACAGCAUGUACUCUAAAGGCAAGGCGAACACUGUGCCUUCUGAUGCCCAGGCACGCGAAAAGCUGGCCUUGUACGUCUACGAGUAUCUUCUUCACGUUGGAGCACAGAAGAGCGCACAGACUUUUCUUAACGAGAUAAGAUGGGAGAAGAAUAUAACGUUAGGGGAACCGCCAGGUUUUCUACAUUCGUGGUGGUGUGUGUUUUGGGACUUAUAUUGUGCUGCUCCCGAGAGAAGGGACAGUUGUGAUCACUCCAGUGAAGCAAAGGCCUUCCACGAUUAUGUUAUUCCAAAUCUUCAGCAAGGGGCUGUACCUUCCCCAGGAUUCCCUCAGAUGGCCACAGAUGGUCCCCAAGGGGGUUCUAAUAUGUCCGGAGGAAUGCCGUCCUACUUCACGUCAUCACAACCACAAGCAUCGCCUCAUCAACAGCCAUCACAUCAGACACCUCCCGUCUACAUGCCUAAUCAGCCACCUCAAGCAUAUAUGCCCAAUCAGACACCAUAUGGUAUGUCAAGAUAUAACCCAGCAGUGAACAGACCUCCAAAUGUGAGAAUACCCGGCCAGCCUCCAGGAGGUGUGGCAGGUGUGCCAGGUGCACAGCCGUUGUUACCGAGCACUAUGGACCCUACAAGGCAGCCAGGUGGAUAUCAAGGGCAACCAAUGCAAAUGAGCAGAAUGAACCAUCCUCGAGUUCCCGUUCCACCGAACUAUGGUGGAAUGCGGCCUCCGCCCAACAGCUCAGUAGCCCAAGGUGUCAACAUGCCUAUGCCUGGUAGUAGACCUUGGAAUCCUACAACAUCGGUCUCAGGUCCUCCAGGAACGCCAAUCAUGCCGUCUCCUCAGGACCCAUCAAAUACUGGCAAUGAAUCCAUGUACGCAAUGAUGAAAUCUGUCCCUGGUGGAAACAUGUCUGCAUACAUGGGUGGUGGCCCAGACAAUACAUUACCCCUGGGGGGCCAGGAGCCUCCUCUUGUGAUGAAUGGUGAGGUUAUUUUUUACUCGAACCCUGAUAUGGAUGGUCUGCCCAAGGAUAACCAGAAUGACCACAACCCAGGUACUCCCGGGGAAGGCGACAGUCAGUUUAGCAAUUUACUGCCUUUUUCACAAGAUAAUGAUCACUGCGAAUCUGUAGCUAUAUUAAAGAUCAAAGAAAGUAUGCAAGAAGAAGCCAGAAGAUUUGAAACAACCGACGGAGCAACAGAUCAUCAGGGAGACUACUUCAUGCAAUAAUAAUCAGACAAUUUCCGUCUUUGUAUAUUUCGUCCGCCAUAAUCAAAGGAUUUGUAGCAAACAGCAGUUCUUCUUCAGCAGAGGUUUGGACUCCAGUGUUAGGAACGAAUCUUAUAGUUGGAGAAACCUCUUGUUUACGAACAACACGUUUUUCUUGCGCUCUGCGGUUCAACGCGUUAAAGUAUGCGGGACACUUCAGGGCUUAGGGCAAAGGGGGCCUGAACAGCUCGAGUUAGCAGCCGUCUAUUUUUUCUUACUCUUUUCUUUCUCUCAAACGAGCUGAACAUCUGGCGAAGAAAAAAGUUAUAUCUCAUGACGUAAUUUAACUAAACUUUGGGCAUUUUCACCGAUUGGCUGAAGCGCAGAUUGAAUUUUCUUUUGCGCGCAUGCACGUAGCUCAAGAUCUUGAUCUAGCGACAUGAUCGGAAAUUUUUUUUACCUUGUCGAACUUCUGAUGGCUGUUGAGAGGAAAUAAAGUGGAUGAAAUUAAGAUAGGCGUUUGUUAACUCAGACUCAACGUAGAAUAGAAUGUCUUUCAAUAAGGUUAUAUUAUAUAGAAAGGGAAAUAUGUUUGUAUAGUUCAUUUACCUUACGUUAUGUGUAAGAUACUUCGACAUUUCUUGGGACUCUGAUUCUUGGAUCAAUUUUACCUGGCUAUUUCUGGGUGAUGCUUUGGACAGCUUCCACCCUCUUUAACUCGGAGCAUUUUCACUUUAAGUAUACUUUUCAUCCAAGCGGGGUGGGGGGGGGGGAGGGGAUUAAACAGAUAACGUCAUUGCAUUGCCUUUUAAAAUGUUCAUUGCAGAUAUUUGAGCUAUUGGGCGCGGAUUGUGAGAUGAACAUAACGAUUAUGGAUGAUUUUCCGUUCCCUGAAGGAAAAAAAUUUUGACCAACAGCGUUUGAUCUUUAAGAAUAGAAGCAAAAAUUUUGUUUCACGGAGUGAUUAAACCAGGGACAUAUCAACCACGUCAAUAUGUACCAACUUCGUUCCCAGGUUCUUUCUCCAAGAGAGGAAGAAAGACCAUGGAACUUAAAUCAAUAACGCACGACCUUUGGAUUUUAACAAAAGAAAAUGCGCAUAUUUUUCUUUAGAUCUAUAAGAUUCAUUCUGAGGCAUAAGGUACAAGACUCUGCUUAUCCGAACUAUAUAUCUUUGUAAAGAAUAAGAAAGAUGGUAAGUUUUUUAGCUUGAUGUGUCUUUCUUCAGUAAGUUGAAUCUCAAGCAAGGAUGAAUUUCGACCUUACAAAACGCGUGUAAAAUUUGCCAAUAUCCGCUCAAGAAAUACGAAUGCACGUAUUACUAUUGCCAUUAUCAUCAUCGUCAUCAUCAUUUACUCAGGUGCUUUUGAACCUAAUAUUUUUUGUGUGGACGUGUUCACUUAAGGAAAAGUUGUGUAAAACCAUUAUUUAACAAACAUGAAGUUUCCAGAAUCGCUACUAAAUGAGAAGUUUUGCAACUUCGCUGGCUUUUUCGAAAUUCACUUUGACGGAUCAAAUCCGGUCUACAAGGUAUGAAAAUAAUUUCAGUGGCAUCGGUUCGCUUUAUAAGGCGAAGAAAGUUGACGUUCGUUUUUACGAGGACCCGAUUGUUCCCGAAUGGUGCACGAAGUUCUUUGUUCGAACGAGACUUUGCCGUUCAUGGUUUCACUAGGUAACCAGAGCCUCCUUUCAACGUUGCGGUCAAAUGUAUGUGCGACUUUUCCUGAAUAAGGUAUGGUUUUUUUAAAGGCUUGAACUCAAAUUUGAAAAGAAAAAUGAACUAAUCUUUUUAACUUGAACUGAACGGAACGGAAGCACUUGACAAUUUCUGACUGCGCUGUAUGAGGCAAGCUUUGAUUGCUCUCGGUGUCCUUGAAUACUCUUCAUACAAAUUCCGCCAUAGGGAUGCCCUGGCUUUUUUUGUAAGGCAUAUAGUUAGGUUUGAACUUCAGUAUCUGAAUAACUAUUCGCUUACUCCUCCCUAACCCGGCUGCAGUUGACUGAUAACAAUUUAGGGUUAGGGGAGGAGUGGGCGAGUAGUUCAGAUAUUGACCUCAAUCCAAUAGUUGCGCAUAUUUAAGCUGUACUUGGGUAGAAUGUAGCAGUUUGUCUAACAGACUGAAGUGGACUAGUGCUUGGACCCGGCUAGUCUAUUUUUAUUCGUUUUAAGAUAUAUUUAAAGAUUUCAUAACGCGAUGCGGCUUCAAGUGCGGCAGUUCUGACGCCAUGUUUUGCGUUACUGGCGUUACGCAAGGCUACUCAGGUUUUUGUUACAUUCGUUUUGCUCGAAUGUGUUCUGGUAACCCAGCUUUUUUCUCAGCGGUUAAGGAAAUUCUUAAAUCGUGCCCACUUCAUUUUCGCCACCCAACAGACAUUUAGUAACUAAUUAAUUUAAAAAUUUUCUUUGGGAAAACGUUUUGGGGGGUUUUCAAUUGAGCUACAACCCUGAUUGACUCUAAUGAAAAACAAAAAAAAGGAAUUGAUUGAUACAUGAUUAUUUGAAGGGAUCGAAUUUGAAGAACGAAAAAUUUAGCCUCUGUAGUAGUAUUCAUAUAUAUAUAUAUUAUAAAUAUUUAGGAGCCGUUGUAAGCCUUCUGACUCUUAAAUAACAGGAUAAAUAUCUUGUAUAAAGACCUAGUCCCUAUAAGUAAUUGUUUCUGAUUAAGUACGCUCUUACCGUUUGUCAUCAUGUUGAUAUUAAAGAAAUGGACAUUUAA